AUGAACCUCAACACCGUUCUAGAACUGGAUCACUCUGAAAGGGAGCCCUGGCCUUCUGAGGAUAUCAAUGCCUGUAAUGCCACCAAACUGAAGUUGAGCUUACCGACAGACGCAUGUGGGUUGCAUGGACGUGAGUCGUGCAAGGCACGUCUCUUCUUGGUCGUCAUGGCCCCACCGGUGACGUAUUUGGACGGUGUCAAGGCUGGCAAUGAGGUCGGGGCUGUUAGUUCAACGUUGGCAAAAGUAGGCCACCAUCAACAUAUUCAAGACGUCUCCAAGGCCCAGCUUUCCUCAUACCAACUAUUCACAUGCCGUUGUCGCAUGCCUUCCGACUUGGCCCUUGCGAGGCAUGGCAUCAACGCUCCAGUCGUCGUUACGACCAGAGCUCCUGAUCAUGCCGAAGCAGCCCCAUCGUGUCAAGGCUUUUAG